GGCAUGCUGGGAGAAAAAUGGGCUAAGUGGGCGGCCGUGCGGAGGGCAGCGGGGCUGGGCCGAGGGAAGGAGGAAGGAAGGAAGUGCGGGCUGGAGUUGCCCUGACGGCCGCCCCCCUCCACCCCCGCCGCUCGGACACCCGGCUCGGCCAUGCCCGGCCCUGCGGCAGCCCCGCCACCAGCCCUGAGAAAUGCAGCAUCUUUGUUCUUGAGUAUUCAGAGGGAGAAAAGGCUGUCCGAGCAAAAGUGGCUUUGAAAUGACAGAUGCAAAGCAUACUGCUUAGAUAGGUGAACAAUGGAACCAGAAAUCAUCCGAAUGUACUCGUCUUCCCCUCCACCGCUGGAUAACGGAGCUGACGAGGAAGAAGAUGACGAGUUUGGUGAUUUUGGUGGAUUUUCCGGUGCCGGGAGUUCCAGCGUAGGCUUUGACUUUGCAUCAGAUUAUUCCAAUUCAAAGGAAGACCAUAAAUCUCCAUAUAAUGCUGAUUAUCCGAGCAGCGUAGACAGCAUAAUAGCCUUUACUACCGUUAGAUAUGUUAAUGAUGCAGACGGCAUCGCUGAACUUCCUGAUUCUAUUAAAGGACUUCCUGCCGGCGCUGGCAAAGAAAAACGUGAGUGUCGGAGGCUGGGCUCAUCACUUGAUGACUUAACCUCAGUGGAGGUAAACAGAACUGAGAAAUCGGAGGCCCCACCCUCUGACAUUAUUCGGACUGAAAGGAGAGCUGCAGGUCAGGACCAGCAAAUAGACAGCUAUAACGGCGAGAGACCGCAGUGUCCAGAAGUGCUAACCAAUGGAUUUGCAGCACUGGACGCCACAAAUCCUCCUGGAGCAGAAGAUCUGGACGGUAUCGCUGGCUCGAAGGCAUUAAAAACGGUUCGCGCUCGUAGUCCUGAUUUGAGUUUAGCAUCCGCGCCCAGCACAGUGGAGGACUUUGCAGAUUUUGCCACGUUCUCACCUGAGCAAACAGCCCAGGCAGAAGAAACAGGUGGUAAAAUAUGCAGAAACCCUAGCGAAAGAGAAACACUAAGUGUGCACGAAAGCAAUAUUAUAAAUAGCACUGGCGAGGGGGACUCUAUGAAGGAAGCAGCUUUGGGUGGAAGCUGUGAACACAAAGGGGUGACUUGCACUGAAGGCAAACCGGUCUGCAUUUCAAAAACUAACAUAGUGGUCCAUGAGGACUCCAGAGCCAAGCAGGGAAGUGAGGCUCUGGAACACACCGACGUUUUCUCUUCCACGCAAACAAAUGUGAAUCGAGGGGGCACGGCAGACGGUAUUGAAGGCGGAGGAGAAUGUGACGCUGGAAGGAGCCAGGAAGGUGACAUUUCUCGGACCAGCGAUACUGCGAGUCCGCUAAACCUUAAUGCAAAUAGCGUUCAAGAUCUUGGCAGUCUUCCUGCGGAGGAGCCCGUGCCUGUCUCCGAAAUGGUUAAAAACGGUGAAAGCGAACUUGGACCAGCCUCGUUUAGUGACUUAAAUGAAGACGAUUUUGGGGACUUUGGCACAGUAAGUAACGGCUCUCCUGCAUUUGCAGUUUCUGUGAGCCAAGAAAACGUUGAACCCCCUUUUGAGAAAAAAAGCUGUAGGCCCGCUAAUGAAUUCAGGGAUUUCCCGGGUAGAAACGAUGACCAUUUGCAUUCAGCCACGGUAGUGCGUUCCGAACCAGGUGAGCUUUCCCACUGUGGAUCGGAAGAACUCCGGAGAGCCGAUUCGGGUUCCGAUAUGGCGAUCCAGCCUUUGGCUGAAAUGGAAAACGGGAACAAUCACGAGUUUGGAGACUUCGAUUCGGUAACGAAACGGGGCCUGGACGCCGACGAGUUUUCCGACUUCAGUUCUGCCGGCUGCAACCAAGGGACGGAGUGGAAUGCCUUCGAGUCGGAGCCGGAGGAGAGCUGUUCGUGGGCUGCUUUUGGAGAUGAGCAAGUAGCGGGGUCUCCUAAGAAAGACGUGUGGCCAGCACAUAGGACAGACGCAGCAGCUGGUGCCGAAGAUGCAGCAUCGCCUAAGGCGGACAGUGUUUCAGGAACCCCUUUCCAUGGAAGCGGCAGAAGACAACCGCAUGAAUUGCCGCCAGCUCAGGUAACUACAGCAGCUACAACGCUGUUGAGUCGCCUGGAACGAAUAUUCGAGGCCUGUUUCCCUGGCGUACCUGUUUGCAAAGUAGAAGAAGAGAUCACUCCUCUCAGUCUCUUACUAGAAGCCGGCGGUGCACCUGGAAGGCCGGAGGAAGCCCUGGCGGAAAGGGAACUGCUGGACGUGUGGGCGGAGCUUCAGGGCAUCCACGAUGCGUACGGACUGCGAUACCAGUGGGGCGGUUCCCACAGCAACAAGAAGCUACUCUGCUCCUUGGGAAUCGACACGAGAAACAUACUCUUCACAGGCAACAAGAAGCAACCUGUUAUAGUCCCCAUGUACGCAGCAGGAUUGGGUAUGUUAGAGCCGACCAAGGAGCCUCUGAAACCAAUAUCUGCUGCUGAGAAAAUAGCUUCCAUAGGACAGACUCCCCCUGUGUCGCCAGAGAUGAACAUAUGUGCGCCUGAUCAGUUCCAGGAAUCUCUACCACCUGUUCAGUUUGACUGGAGUAGCAGUGGCCUUACUAACCCUUUAGAUGCUAAUGGAGGUUCCACUCUUCUGAACCUUGAUUUCUUUGGACCUGUGGAGGACAGUAGCUCUAGCUUCACCACCACCAUCCCAGGUGUGGAUCCAGAGCUGUACGAGUUGACAACUUCCAAGCUGGAAACGACCAGCGCGGCCAGUAAAGUGACGGAUGCAUUUGCAAAGUUGAUGUCCACGGUAGAGAAAGCGAGCACAUCGGCCAGAAAACCCAGAAAGGAGGAACGGCUCAGCGAAGAGGCCGCCCAGGUGAUUGCUAGCCUUCCUGACUUAACUUUCAUGCACGCCAAGGUGUUGAUGUUCCCCGCCACGUUAACGCCUUCGGCGAGUUGCCAAGACCAGGUAGACUAAAGCGAGGAGGGGGCCUGACCGUGUCUAGUGAUUCUCCCACUCAUCUCCACCCCCCCCCCCCCAGUCUCCUUUUCUGGGUCCUCAAAAAGUGAUCUUUGCUUUCCCGAAAAAAUGUCGAGUUCAGCUGAUUUGUUGGUAAGCAGCACUAGAAAAGGUAUACAUAGAUGAUGUAUAUUUAUUUACAUACUGGAGUCCUAAAUUUAUAUUAGAAAAAAAAAAGUGUAAAUAACUGGGGAGGGCUGAAUCUUUUUUGAAGAUUUAUCUUUUUUUUUUUUUGUGCUGGGGUGUAACCAUUUAUGUCUUUGUGGAAUACACUGGUGGCGUCCUUCUUACUAAACUUUAUAAGCAUUUUGGGAAAAAAAAAACCCGGAAACUUCCAGUCUCUUUGAAACCCCCCCCCCUCCCACGAGAGAUUUUCUUUUCAGAAUGAGUUGCACUCCCCCCCCUUUUCUGAAAACAUUUUUGCUAAAUGAGCCGAAACAGUCAGGGUGUUUUCAACGGUUUCGUUUGAUCCAUCUAUUGUUUUUUUUUUCUUUUUGGGUGGGGGGCGGGUGGGGGGUGGAUUGGUUUCCUUUUCCUUUUCUUUCUUUCGUUUCCUGUCUUCUGGAAGUAUGGAUUUAUCAUUGUUUCUCCUAAGGUUCACCGUCUCCUUUAGCUAAAAUUGUAGAGCACUGCCUAAUUACUUGAUUUUGGGGAUCGACGUGUUAAAAAAAAAAAAUCUAUUUUGGUUUGGAAUGGAAGGACCAAAAAAAAAUCUGAAUGUCUUACAAUGAAAUAUACCGGUUUGUUUUGUUUGUUUUUCUGUUGUACCACUAUUCUUUAUGUUUGAUUUUUUUUGCACAGUGUAAAUUGACAUAAUCAUAGAUUGCUAUGGUUUAGGCUGUAUGUACAGUUGGAAAAAAAAACAGGCUGUAAAUGUUUGGGGAAAUUCCUAUGGAAAAAAAAAAGAGAAUGCUAUGUAGAAAACAAACCUCUGACAAGGUUUCUGUGCAUGCUCAAGGUCUUUUUGAAAUUUCAGUGUAUAAAUUUCCUCUUAGCUUACACAAAAUAAUAAAAAAAAAUAAAAUAAAAUUA